AUGAGUGUCGACGUUGCGCGCAGCAGGGGCCGGCUGUGGAUCCAGGCAAUGCAGCGCAUCGAUGCGCAUGGCGGCCCGGGCAUUUUGUUGCGCGUGAUCACAGGCAUUGGCAACCACAACGCCGUGCCCGGCACCUCGCGCGGCAUGCAGCCGCCGUGCCCGCUCAAGGACGCGAUGUUGGAGGUCGUGCGGGACUCGGGCCUGCACUGGGGCUUCGAAGAGGGCAACCUCGGGGCCCUCGUCGUUCUUGUUGGCGUGGCACCGCCGCCGCAGCCGCAGCGGGCAAUGCAGCAAGGCGGCCAGCCGCAGCUGCCUCAGCCGCCGCUGCCGCUGCCGCUGCUGCCACCCCCACUGCCUUCGCAGCAGUCAUCGCCACCGCUGCCGCCCCCGCCGCCGCAGCGCCACCACGUCUACCACCCACAGCAGCAGCAGCAGCAGCAGCAGCAGCAGCAGCAGCAGCAGCAGCAGCAGCAGCAGCAGCAGCAGCUCGCCACGCGCCCUGCCAGGGCCAGCAGCAGCGGCGGCACGGUGGACAACCGCGCAGCGGCGAGGCCCGGCAGGGUGGACGGCAGCGAGUGGCAGGACCACGAAGACGUCAUGGAGGCCAUGAAGGCUGCGGCGCGGGCAGCCGACCUGCACGGGCUCGGCCCGUUUAGCACGGCCGGCUACACCAGCGACGACCUGGGCAGUUUGCGCUCGGUCGGACUGCGAACAGCAAAGACUGAACGCUUCACCAGGAAGAAGGACCUGGUGGCCUGGGUCGCGCGUGGCUACGGGGGGCGCAUCCGCGUCAAGCUUCUGCAUAAUGUCGGCGGUGCACUGCAGGAGACAGGCACGGUGUGCUUUCCUCCCAACUGGCAGGGCCCGUGCAAGGAGCUGACGGUGCGCGAGGACAAGCUGCCCCUCACGCUGCACUUCUGUUCGCUGCCAGCGCCACCGGGAGAGGACAAUCUGGUGGGCACCGGCCUGUCGGCCACGGACGCGGUCGCCACGUGCUGCUGGUACGUGCUCGUGCGGGUCGUGGGCCGGCAGGUCCUGGGGACCGCAAGGUGCAGGCGGCGCGACCCGACCGACAACCGCGGCGAUGCCACCAAGGUAAACUCCGCGUGGCAGAAGUGGCGGCAGGCCUCACCGGCGUGA